AUGGAGGAAUUCCUGCGCGGGAACGAGACGGUGUGGGAGCUAUGCGGGCGCUGCAGCAACUGGACGGGUGGCAAGUACGAGUGCUCGGAGGGCGCGAUGCUGGCGUGCGCGCUGGGCCCGCGGCGGCUACCCAUGUCGCGCGUGCUGCCCGUCACGGCGGUAUUCGUGGCGAUCUUCGUGACGGGCGUGGUGGGCAACGCCGCCGUGUGCGCCGUCAUCGUGCGCCACCCCGCGCUGCACACCGACACCAACUACUACCUGUUCUCGCUCGCCGUCAGUGACCUGCUGCUGCUCGUCUUCGGUCUGCCCAACGAUCUGUCGGUGUACUGGCACCAGUACCCCUACAGCUUCGGCCUGGUGUUCUGCAAGCUGCGCGCCCUCAUCUCCGAGGCGGCGUCAUACGUGUCGGUGCUGACGAUCGUGGCGUUCACGCUGGAGCGGUACCUGGCGAUCUGCCACCCGCUGCACAUCUACGCCAUGGCGGGGUUCCGCCGCGCCUCGCGCAUCCUGCUGGCGCUGUGGGCCGUCGCGCUGCUCGCCGCCUCGCCCUUCGCCCACUACACCACCAUCAACUACCACGACUACCCCCCAGGAUCGGGCAACAUCUCGCUGGAGUCAGCGUUCUGCGCCAUGCUGGAACUGCCGUCGUGGCACAUCUGCGAGCUGAGCAGUUUCUUCUUCUUCCUGCUGCCCGGCGUCGUCAUCCUCUGCCUGUACGUGCAGAUGGGCUUGCGCAUCAGGGCGUCGCAGGCGUCGGUGGUGGGAGGCGGGGGCGGGUACGGGGCGGGGGCGCUGUACGGCGUCAACGGCAGCGUGCACGGCGAGGCGCGCCAGGCGCACUCCCGCAAGAACAUCGUCCGCAUGCUCGUGGCGGUGGUGGUGGCGUUCUUCGUGUGCUGGGCGCCGUUCCACGUGCAGCGACUGUACUUCAUCUACGGCGCGGGCAGCGCGCACUACCACGCCGUCAACGAGGCGCUUUUCCUUAUCGCAGGCGCCUUCUACUACGUCUCCGCCACCGUCAACCCCAUACUCUACAACAUCAUGAGCCACAGGUACCGACUGGCGUUCAAGGAGACGCUGUGCUGCCAGCGCGCGACGCCGCGCCGGGGCAAAUACAGCGAGCAGUCCAGCGUGCGCGAGACCGUCGUCAACCACACGUCGGACGGCGGCGGGCACGUGCGCGUGCGCGUGCGCUACACCCCGCCCAGCGCGCGCGCGCCCUCCCCGCAAACCCCGCACACUCCGCGCACCCCGCGCUCCCCGCACACACCGCGCCCGCCCCGCGCGCCCUACACGCCGCACGACCCCCGCCGCAACAACAACGACCUCACCGUCAACAAGUACGUGUUCGAUAUCAAGUAG